GAAUCCAGGAAAAACAACCUCAAGGAUUUCCUCCACGUGGCAGGCCCUCUUGGCGUGACACACUUCCUGAUGCUCUCCAAGUCUGACGUGUCACCCUACCUGCGCGUCGCCCGCACGCCACGUGGACCCACCCUCACCUUCCGCGUCCUCGACUACUCCCUCGCUGCUGACGUGGCGAAAUCCCAGAGGCGCCCGUACGUGCCAGCUGGCGUGUUCGAGGCGCCGCCUCUGGUGAAACUGUCCGACUGUCGCCGUGUGCUGCUGCUGAACCACGACCCUGCCAGUGGCACCAUUGACAUGCGUCACUACGCCAUCACAGCCCGCCCUGUGGGCGUGUCAAAGCCGCUGCGUAAUCUGGUGCAUCACCACGCGCUGCCCAACCUCAGCCACCUUUCCGACAUUAGUGAACUCGUUACAAGGCCGGCAGCCUAUCCUUCAGACAGUGAAGCAGACGAGGGCAGCAGGGUGCAGGCUCCGCAGGACAUGGGGCGGGGGGUGCGGGCGGCGCAGCAGAGCCAGGUGAAGCUGCACGAGCUGGGGCCACGUGUCACACUGCUACUGGUCAAGGUGGAGGAGGGGCUGUCCAACGGUGCUGUCAUGUACCACCGAUUCGCAAGGGAGGCUAACGAGGGGCUGUCCAACGGGGCCAUCAUGUACCACCGAUUCGGUGAGCGGGUGGGGAGGGAGGGGGCUGGGUGGGGAGGGAAGAGGGGGAAGUGUGCGGGUCAUAAUCCUCUUUAUAAGGCGAUGCAGCAAGGGAAGGUGGAGGAGGGGCUGUCUAACGGCGCUGUCAUGUACCACGGAUUUGGUUGUGGUCCUGCUUUUGAGACGUCUCAAAACAAGGUGCGUGCAGGUUGUGGUCCUGCUUUUGAGACGUCUCAAAACAAGGUGAGUGCAGGUUGUGGUCCUGCUUUUGAGACGUCUCAAAACAAGGUGCGUGCAGGUUGUGGUCCUGCUUUUGAGACGUCUCAAAACAAGGUGCGUGCAGGUUGUGGUCCUGCUUUUGAGACGUCUCAAAACAAGGUGUGUGCUGGUUGUGAUCCUGCUUUUGAGACGUCUCAAAACAAGGUGCGUGCAGGUUGUGGUCCUGCUUUUGAGACGUCUCAAAACAAGGUGUGUGCAGGUUGUGGUCCUGCUUUUGAGACGUCUCAAAACAAGGUGCGUGCACGUUGUGGUCCUGCUUUUGAGACGUCUCAAAACAAGGUGGGUGCAGGUUGUGAUCCUGCUUUUGAGACGUCUCAAAACAAGGUGGGUGCAGGUUGUGGUCCUGCUUUUGAGACGUCUCAAAACAAGGUGCGUGCAGGUUGUGGUCCUGCUUUUGAGACGUCUCAAAACAAGGUGCGUGCAGGUUGUGGUCCUGCUUUUGAGACGUCUCAAAACAAGGUGCGUGCAGGUUGUGGUCCUGCUUUUGAGACGUCUCAAAACAAGGUGGGUGCAGGUUGUGAUCCUGCUUUUGAGACGUCUCAAAACAAGGUGGGUGCAGGUUGUGGUCCUGCUUUUGAGACGUCUCAAAACAAGGUGGGUGCAGGUUGUGAUCCUGCUUUUGAGACGUCUCAAAACAAGGUGUGUGCAGGUUGUGGUCCUGCUUUUGAGACGUCUCAAAACAAGGUGGGUGCAGGUUGUGGUCCUGCUUUUGAGACGUCUCAAAACAAGGUGCGUGCAUGUUGUGGUCCUGCUUUUGAGACGUCUCAAAACAAGGUGGGUGCAGGUUGUGGUCCUGCUUUUGAGACGUCUCAAAACAAGGUGCGUGCAGGUUGUGGUCCUGCUUUUGAGACGUCUCAAAACAAGGUGCGUGCUGGUUGUGAUCCUGCUUUUGAGACGUCUCAAAACAAGGUGGGUGCAGGUUGUGAUCCUGCUUUUGAGACGUCUCAAAACAAGGUGGGUGCAGGUUGUGGUCCUGCUUUUGAGACGUCUCAAAACAAGGUGGGUGCAGGUUGUGGUCCUGCUUUUGAGACGUCUCAAAACAAGGUGGGUGCAGGUUGUGGUCCUGCUUUUGAGACGUCUCAAAACAAGGUGCGUGCAGGUUGUGGUCCUGCUUUUGAGACGUCUCAAAACAAGGUGGGUGCAGGUUGUGGUCCUGCUUUUGAGACGUCUCAAAACAAGGUGCGUGCAGGUUGUGGUCCUGCUUUUGAGACGUCUCAAAACAAGGUGCGUGCAGGUUGUGGUCCUGCUUUUGAGACGUCUCAAAACAAGGUGCGUGCAGGUUGUGGUCCUGCUUUUGAGACGUCUCAAAACAAGGUGCGUGCAGGUUGUGGUCCUGCUUUUGAGACGUCUCAAAACAAGGUGCGUGCAGGUUGUGGUCCUGCUUUUGAGACGUCUCAAAACAAGGUGCGUGCAGGUUGUGGUCCUGCUUUUGAGAUGUCUCAAAACAAGGUGCGUGCAGGUUGUGGUCCUGCUUUUGAGACGUCUCAAAACAAGGUGCGUGCAGGUUGUGGUCCUGCUUUUGAGACGUCUCAAAACAAGGUGCGUGCAGGUUGUGGUCCUGCUUUUGAGACGUCUCAAAACAAGGUGGGUGCAGGUUGUGGUCCUGCUUUUGAGACGUCUCAAAACAAGGUGCGUGCAGGUUGUGGUCCUGCUUUUGAGACGUCUCAAAACAAGGUGGGUGCAGGUUGUGGUCCUGCUUUUGAGACGUCUCAAAACAAGGUGCGUGCAGGUUGUGGUCCUGCUUUUGAGACGUCUCAAAACAAGGUGCGUGCAGGUUGUGGUCCUGCUUUUGAGACGUCUCAAAACAAGGUGCGUGCAGGUUGUGGUCCUGCUUUUGAGACGUCUCAAAACAAGGUGCGUGCAGGUUGUGGUCCUGCUUUUGAGACGUCUCAAAACAAGGUGCGUGCAGGUUGUGGUCCUGCUUUUGAGACGUCUCAAAACAAGUUGCGUGCAGGUUGUGGUCCUGCUUUUGAGACGUCUCAAAACAAGGUGCGUGCAGGUUGUGGUCCUGCUUUUGAGACGUCUCAAAACAAGGUGCGUGCAGGUUGUGGUCCUGCUUUUGAGACGUCUCAAAACAAGGUGCGUGCAGGUUGUGGUCCUGCUUUUGAGACGUCUCAAAACAAGGUGCGUGCAGGUUGUGGUCCUGCUUUUGAGACGUCUCAAAACAAGGUGCGUGCAGGUUGUGGUCCUGCUUUUGAGACGUCUCAAAACAAGGUGGGUGCAGGUUGUGGUCCUGCUUUUGAGACGUCUCAAAACAAGGUGGGUGCAGGUUGUGGUCCUGCUUUUGAGACAUCUCAAAACAAGGUGUGUGCAGGUUGUGGUCCUGCUUUUGAGACGUCUCAAAACAAGGUGCGUGCAGGUUGUGGUCCUGCUUUUGAGACGUCUCAAAACAAGGUGCGUGCAGGUUGUGGUCCUGCUUUUGAGACGUCUCAAAACAAGGUGGGUGCAGGUUGUGGUCCUGCUUUUGAGACGUCUCAAAACAAGGUGGGUGCAGGUUGUGGUCCUGCUUUUGAGACGUCUCAAAACAAGGUGCGUGCAGGUUGUGGUCCUGCUUUUGAGACGUCUCAAAACAAGGUGGGUGCAGGUUGUGGUCCUGCUUUUGAGACGUCUCAAAACAAGGUGCGUGCAGGUUGUGAUCCUGCUUUUGAGACGUCUCAAAACAAGGUGCGUGCAGGUUGUGGUCCUGCUUUUGAGACGUCUCAAAACAAGGUGCGUGCAGGUUGUGGUCCUGCUUUUGAGACGUCUCAAAACAAGGUGCGUGCAGGUUGUGGUCCUGCUUUUGAGACGUCUCAAAACAAGGUGGGUGCAGGUUGUGGUCCUGCUUUUGAGACGUCUCAAAACAAGGUGGGUGCAGGUUGUGGUCCUGCUUUUGAGACGUCUCAAAACAAGGUGCGUGCAGGUUGUGGUCCUGCUUUUGAGACGUCUCAAAACAAGGUGGGUGCAGGUUGUGGUCCUGCUUUUGAGACGUCUCAAAACAAGGUGCGUGCAGGUUGUGGUCCUGCUUUUGAGACGUCUCAAAACAAGGUGGGUGCAGGUUGUGGUCCUGCUUUUGAGACGUCUCAAAACAAGGUGCGUGCAGGUUGUGAUCCUGCUUUUGAGACGUCUCAAAACAAGGUGGGUGCAGGUUGUGGUCCUGCUUUUGAGACGUCUCAAAACAAGGUGGGUGCAGGUUGUGGUCCUGCUUUUGAGACGUCUCAAAACAAGGUGCGUGCAGGUUGUGGUCCUGCUUUUGAGACGUCUCAAAACAAGGUGGGUGCAGGUUGUGGUCCUGCUUUUGAGACAUCUCAAAACAAGGUGCGUGCAGGUUGUGGUCCUGCUUUUGAGACGUCUCAAAACAAGGUGCGUGCAGGUUGUGGUCCUGCUUUUGAGACGUCUCAAAACAAGGUGCGUGCACGUUGUGGUCCUGCUUUUGAGACGUCUCAAAACAAGGUGGGUGCAGGUUGUGGUCCUGCUUUUGAGACGUCUCAAAACAAGGUGGGUGCAGGUUGUGAUCCUGCUUUUGAGACGUCUCAAAACAAGGUGCGUGCAGGUUGUGAUCCUGCUUGUAAGCCGAUGCAGCAAGGGAAGGAUAAGGAGCGGCUGUCUAACGGCCCUGUCAUGUCAUGUACCACGGAUUUGGUGAGCAGGGGAGAGGGGGGAGAGGGGGGAGAGGGGGGAGAGGGGGGAGAGAGGGGAGUGGUGCAUGAAGGGGAGAGGGGGGAGAGGGGGGAGGGUCGAGAAGACAGCGGAGGAGGAGGCGGAUCUGCAGCAGAGGGCGGAGGAGCGGCAGAGGGAGAAGAAAAGGCGCAAGGAGGAGCAGGAGGCAAACGUGCGGAGGAAGAAGAUGUGAGUGGGGGUUCUGGGGGGAGGGGGGGAGAGGGGGAAGGAGGGUGA